AUGGAGGCUGGAGGCCUGAUUUCGGAGGCUGGCUGGACCAUGUUUGACUUCCCGCCGCAGGGCGAGGAGUCCGAUAUCAUGGCGCAGCUGCUUGGCACCUUCCCCUCCCAUGCCGAGGAAGCCCAGCAGGAUCUGCCUUGGUAUCAGGCUUCCCAUCCAUCCUACUAUGACAGUGAUGUUCAUACAAGUGCGUGUAGUGACAGCAAUGAUGGUAGCUUUGCUGUUCCAUCCGAGUGCAUGGGCUACUAUUUGGGUGAUUCAAGUGAGGCCCUGGGCAUCAGCUCCUGCACUGUACCACAGGACUUGAACUUGGUCCAGGAGCAAGGUGCUACCGAGUUUCUGAAUAUGAUCCCAACCAUUUCCCAUGAUUUGUUCGGGAAGGGCGAGUCAAGCUGCGAGGGUCUCGACUCGGUCAGUGCUACUAACAAGAGGAAGCAUUCGGUGGAAGAAGAAAUCAAUGGCCAAGCGAGAGGUCGGAAAUGCGCAAGGAAGGCUGCACCAAAGCGAGCAAAGAACGCGAAGCAAACCGAAGCGAGCUGCUGCACCUCUGACAAUGACUCGAAUGCUUCUCAAGAGUCUGCAGAUGCUGGUGUUACUCCAAAAGGCAAGGCCCGGGCUGGACGCGGGGCGGCAACCGAUCCCCAGAGCCUCUAUGCAAGGAAAAGGAGGAAAAGGAUCAACGAGAGGCUGAAGACACUGCAGACCCUUGUGCCCAAUGGAACCAAAGUAGAUAUGAGCACCAUGCUUGAAGAGGCAGUCCAGCAUGUCAAAUUCCUGCAACUCCAGAUCAAGGUCCUCAGCUCUGAUGAAAUGUGGAUGUACGCGCGGAUUGCGUACAACGGGAUGAACAUUGGACUUGAUCUGAACAUGUAG